CAAGCUUAUUUAAAGACGAGGCUGCGGCCAGCUGGUGGCCAUCAGCCAGCGCCAGCUAAAGACCCUGCGCCGCCAUGUUGCUGCUGCUCUUUGCCGCACUUUUCUGCUGCUACUUCCUUCGAUCAGGCCACUGCUCUCCUACGCUGCUUCGGAACCAAGACGUGCUGGUCAAAGCGAUGGAGUACAUCAAGGAGAACCCAGAGACUCUCGCAGGCUUGAUGGACGAUGAGGUGGCGGAGGGCGACAUGCUCCUUCUGAGUGAUCGCAACGCGGUGGACAGACGUUGGCCUUCCAUCAAGAUCCCGUAUCUGAUCGACUACACGUUGGAAUACCGCAGAGCUGACAUCGAGACGGCGCUGAAGAUGAUCUCCUUGCAAACCUGCUUGUCCUUCUACCAGCGCAGCCAUGAGCCAGACUACAUCUUCUUCAAAAGCGGAUUCGGGUGCGCGUCGUACGUGGGCUUUGUGGGGGGCAAGCAGGAAGUGCACGUGGACACCACCUGCCAGGUGGGCAACAUCGUCCACGAGGUCCUCCACGCGCUGGGCUUUUACCACGAGCACACGCGGAAGGACCGCUACAAAUACAUCACCAUAGUGCACAGCAACAUCAUGGAAGGGCAUCAAAAGAACUUCAGGAUGCAAAUGGGAAAAACCUUUGAUCUCCCGUACGACAUUCCUUCCAUCAUGCACUACGGCAGCAAUUUCUUUUCGGCCAACGGGCAGCCCACCAUCGUGGCAAAAGUCAAGAACAACCGGAUGGGCCAGCGUGUGGCCAUGACACCCAUCGACGUCCAAAGAGUUCGUCUGCUCUACCAAUGCGACCGAGCGGACGGUAUCGAGGAGCCUCAGGGGUGGAAACCUGUGGCCACGCCCGGGCAUUUCUCGCAUUAGCGAGAGGCUGGCGUCAGUGGAUCCCCCGCAAGGGUGCGUGCUCGCCGUCGGAAGGCGCUAGAAACGGCAGCUCCACAGAAGCCCGCGUUUGAAUAAAAUCCCAACGUGGCAACUUUGUCUCACGAUCGAGUCUUCUUCGGGCAUAUAGGCGGGAAGCGUCUGACGUUAAUGCUUUACGCCAUCUCUGGUUGUGCUUGUGACAGAACUUCCCUGGACCAGAUGAGAGUGAGACUUUUGGAGUCCAGACUUCAAUGAGAUCAGAUUGAAUAAUUGAUACCACCUUUGAGAAGAAAAUGAUCAAAUUCUCUUCCAUGCACCAAAUGGUCAACUCCCUUUUGGCAAGCUAGAACUCCUGGGUAAAAAAAAAAUUAAAUGGAGAAAGUUAAACUUUAAAAAAAAAAAAAAAAAAUUUUUUUAAAAUUUUUAGUCUGGAAAGAUUUCUGGAAAUCUGUGGAUCCAGAAGCCGGCAUAAUGUCCAGGGGUGAAAGUGGGCCGGAAUGGCCCGAAAUGCCGUUCCAGUUUUUAAUCUUGGGGUGGAAUGAUGUUUUGAUCCUGUAAAU